CACUGGCUGUGUGAGAACCUGUUGGCUGGUGGCUCUCCACGAUCAGUGGCAGUACUUUUUAAAAAGGAACUAAAAGUGAUCAGCAGGAGGACACAGGAAGUUUUGCAAGAUCAUUCUCUGUUUCUGCAAAUAAGGAAGUACUGCACAGUGUGUAAGCCUGCCCUCUGAAGCAGCAACACCACAGGCUGAGGUAGACACUGAUAAGAUGGGGGACAAGACGCGAGAAGGGAAAGGGCCCAUUGUGGAAGACACAAAGGUGAAAGUGCUUCACGACACUGAAGCGUCACUCGGGCCCGAUGACAAAGCUGACUACCCUGCUGCCGGUGCGAACUCGAUCUACUCUGCCAUCCUGAGCAGAAACGAGGCCGUCAAGGAUGCCAAGCGCCUCAAGACAUUUCUGGAGCUGCGGGACAAAUACGUGAAGAAGAAGGUGGUGUUCGAGGACCCCCUGUUCCCUGCGGACGACUCCUCGCUCUUCUACAGUCACAAGCCUUCCAUGAAGAUUGAGUGGAAACGCCCCUCGGAAAUCUGUGAAAACCCUGAGUUCAUCGUGGAUGGAGCCAACAGGACAGACAUCUGCCAGGGAGAAUUGGGUGACUGCUGGCUGCUCGCCGCCAUCGCCUGCCUGACGCUGAACGAGAAGCUGCUGUACAGAGUGAUCCCCCCGGAUCAGAGCUUCACCCGGGACUACGCCGGCAUCUUCCACUUCCAGUUCUGGCGUUAUGGCGAAUGGAUCGACGUGGUCGUGGACGACCGCGUUCCCACCUGCAGGAACCAGCUGGUGUUCACCAAAUCCUUCAGGAAGAACGAGUUCUGGAGCGCUCUUUUGGAAAAGGCUUACGCAAAGCUGCACGGCUCUUACGAGGCACUGAAAGGGGGGAACACGCUGGAGGCGAUGGAGGAUUUCACAGGUGGAGUCACCGAGUUCUUCGAGUUGUCCGAGGCGCCCAAAGAGCUCUACAGCAUCAUGAAGAAGGCGCUGGCGAGAGGCUCGCUGAUGGGCUGCUCCAUCGAUGUCGUUUCAGCCAGUGAAGUGGAGACUCGGACCGAACAGGGGCUGGUCAAAGGCCAUGCCUACUCCAUCAUAGGCCUGGAGGAGUGUGACGUGGUCGCAAAAAACACCAAAAUUCGCCUGAUUCGUCUGCGCAACCCCUGGGGCCUGGUGCUGUGGAAGGGACCGUGGAGUGCAAAUUCAAAGGAGUGGCCGAGCAUUUCCAUUGCAGACAAGGAGAACCUAAGAAAACAGACCGUGGAGGCGAGUGAGUUCUGGAUGUCUUUCGAUGAAUUCAAGAGGAACUUCACCAAGCUGGAGAUGUGUAACCUGACCCCCGAUGCCCUGCAGGGUGAGGAGAGACACAGCUGGACGGUGUCCAUCAACGAGGGCCGGUGGGUGAGAGGCAGCUCUGCUGGCGGCUGCAGGAACUUCCCGGACACGUUUUGGACAAACCCCCAGUACCGGCUGCAGCUCAAUGAGGAGGAUGACGACCCAGAGGACGGACAGGUCGCCUGCACGGUUGUCGUGGCUCUGAUGCAGAAAGGUCGACGGAUGCAGCGCCACCAAGGGGCCAGAUUCCUCACCAUCGGCUUUUCUAUCUACGAGGUGCCGAAGGAGAUGUGCGGACAGAAUCAACAUCUGCAGAAGGACUUCUUCCUGUACACGGCCUCGAGGGCCAAAUGCAAGAUGUACAUUAAUCUGCGAGAGGUGACGGAGCGUUUUCGCCUGCCCCCGGGGGAGUACGUCGUCAUCCCCACGACCUUUGAGGCCCACCGAGAGGGCGAGUUCAUCCUCAGGGUCUUCUCCGAGAAGCAGAGCACGUCCGAGGAGGCGGAGAACACAAUCGAGCCGGGACAAAUUCAGCAAGACAAGAAAAAGAAAGAAAAGCCAAUUGUGUUUGUGUCAGACAGAGCACGUGCCAACAAAGAGAUUGAGCAUGACGGCAUUCAGGGGGAAAAGAGGAAGAAACCGAAGCGAAAGCUGUUAGAACCCGAGGAAGAGACUGAAGAGGAAAAACAGUUCAGGGCCAUUUACCAACAGAUAUCCGGCGAGGACAUGCAGAUCUGUGCCAACGAACUCAAGACGAUCAUGAGGAACGUCCUCGCCAAACACAGUGAAAUAAAGACGACAGACGGUUUCAGCCUCGAGACAUGUCGGAGUAUGAUCGCCCUGAUGGAUACCGACGGGACAGGAAAGCUGAACCUGCAGGAGUUCAAGCACUUGUGGAAAAAGAUCAAGGAGUGGCAGCUGAUCUUCAAGCGCUUCGAUCAAGACAAAUCCGGUUCCAUCAGUAGUUUUGAGAUGAGGAACGCUGUUAAUGGUGCAGGGUUUCACCUCAACAAGCAGCUGUAUGACAUCAUAGCAAUGCGCUACGCGGACGAACACCUCAACAUCGACUUUGACAGCUACAUCUGCUGUUUUGUGAGGCUGGAGGGCAUGUUCAGGGCUUUCAACGCCUUCGACAAAGACGGAGAUGGGAUAAUCAAACUCAACGUCCUGGAGUGGCUUCAGCUGACCAUGUACUCUUAAAAUCGCCUUCUCGACCCCCGACGUAGCUGCUGCUGCUGCAGACAGGCGCUACUCAAGUUUGACACCAACUUUGUCAUGGCUCCACUCUCCUGCAACUUUUACUUAAUUUGCUUUUAUUCCUAAGCGUUAUUGAACAACGUGAAUUGCACAGGCUGCGAAUACAACAAAGUCUCAAUGUCAACAUCAAGACAGUGAUGCAAACAGUCUAUUGAAGUCUACAGAUGCCGUUUCCAUGUUGCAAAUCUCUCAGUGAAUCAGCACUGUUUGACAAAUCCUUACAGAAUUACUUAAUGUAUAGUUUUUAAAUAUACUGCAGACAAACACUGAAUUCUAUUCGUCUUUUCAUUGCUGUACACAUUUAUUACAAAGGAAUACAUACUAUAACAAGUAAUAACUUUAAUGCAGUAUCAAGUUAUACUCAGAAAGUUGUCAGUUCUCAGACAAAACUGAAACGCACAACCUCAACUUUAGAGCAAAUCUGAACAAGAUGGAUUCUAACGGCAUAAUUACAGCACAAGCUGCUUCACAAACAUACUGAGGAGUUCAUAUUAGUGUUGCAUAGUUGUAGAAAUAGCUUCAGGUCACACUUCUGAAGAGGCAUAUUGUGGAAUACCGUAUAUUUUGAGGUGUCUAGAGUCGCAGGUCAUGUAUUCACAGUAUUGACAACAAAAUAAAAAGCACUUUGAUCCCAA